GCUAGAACGGUACAGUAUAUAUAUAUAUGGGCUAUGGGGGGGUGCCAUAUGGAUCCAUUCCCUAUAGAUAUUGUACAGACGGCACAGUACGUAGUGCAAUGGAUAACGGACGGAGCUCCACGUUGCAACUGUAGACAACAGGUCGUGGCUCUCUUCCAAUUCACGCAUCUUGCACACGGCCGCGUCAAUUAGAGGUGAGGUCACAUCCUCGACGCACAGGGAUCUGGCCCCGGAUUAAGAUUGAAGCAUCCCUCUUGAACCUCACAGCGACCAGCGACCCGCCUCCAACUCCAAGACAGAGUGGCUGCUCGUCAUCCUCAGCGCGAUGCCACACACUCGUCCACCCAUCUCCCUGAUCGCCCCAACAGGCGCGUCCGCCUCCCCCUGCGGCUACUGCUCCUCCACAGCCGACACCUCUUCCACAAUCGGCUUCUGGGCUUACGAGCUCCACCCGUCCCACUACCAACAACUGAUGGACAGAGGGUGGCGGCGCAGCGGGAAGUAUCUGUACAGGCCGUGCCUCACGGAGACGUGUUGUCCGGCGAUUACUAUUAGGUGUCCCGUUGCGGAGGUAGAGGUGGGGAAAGGGCAGAGGAGGGUGGUGGGGAAGGUUAGGAGGUGGGUGGCGAGGGGGGCGAAACGAAAACCACCCAAACGGGCAAAAGUGUCCACCCCACGCGACAUCCGCGACCUCAUCAUAGAAGCCGAGCACCCUCCCCCAAGUACGAGUCCCACCACCCCGACCACCGUCAAUCCACCCCUCCGAACCGAGCUAGUCCGCGCAGCCUAUGACCCCUCAACCUACGCCCUCUUCACCAAAUACCAAAUCGCCAUCCACAAGGACCCGCCCCACAAGCUUUCCCCCGAAAAGUACCGCCGCUUCCUCGUCGACACCCCCUUGACCUUCAUCCCUCCUCCCCUGCACCUCUCCCCCACCUCCGCCUCCUCUUCUUCCAAUUUCGCAGAGUUUCCCGGGUUCGGCUCCUUCCACCAGAAAUACUACACGGGGGAUAACACACUGAUUGCGGUGGCCGUGCUGGAUAUACUACCCCAGGGUGUGUCGAGCGUAUAUUUUAUGUAUGACCCGGAUUAUGGGUUCUUGAGUCUGGGGACGUAUAGCGCGUUGAGGGAGAUUGCGAUGACGAGGGCGUUUAUGGAAAGGGUGGAGGGGGUAAGGUAUUACUAUAUGGGCUAUUAUAUACAUUCGUGCGCCAAGAUGCGGUAUAAAGCGCAAUACAAGCCUUCAGAACUUCUGUGUCCCGCAACCUACACCUACGCCCCCCUUUCCACCGCCCUACCCAUCCUCGAGGCCGAGAAGAUCGCACCGCUCGCCCCAAACAGUGCGACUGCAGAUACAGCAGGUACGGGUAUUGAACGCCUGCGCGCCAUUGAAGCGGCACAACUCGCGUCUGUAACGGACGCGGAUGUGGAGGGGCUGAUGGCGUUGAGUGACGGCGUUCUGGUUGAGUUUGGGGACACGGAGGCGUAUGAGGAGAACCGGGAGGAUGCGAGGAUGUUGCGGGCGGUGUGUGGGAGGGAGCUUAUGGGGCGGAUGAUCCUUGUUACGUAGCCGUGUGGACUGGAUGUAGCGGGGAUGGGAGGCCGUAGCUUUGGGCAGGGGAUUCGUCUCUCUUGGGCAAUAGACGUGCAUCUCCCCGACGCGUUUGUCAUUCCCCUCCAGCGCCUCUUUUUUCUUGGCGUUCGCUCCCUUCUCAAAACCCUCCCUCGUACUGUAUAUAAGACCCCCGCUGAACGACUGCAGAUACGUGUAGCUUCCUCCGACUAUACUCUGCAGUUAGAAGCUGUAAAGCAAGCCGCAUAUCGUCCUCCCUCAUAGCCGCCCUCUGGCACUGAAACCAGCUUCAUUAGCCUCAUUUCGUCACCCCUUGUCGGCGA